CACGUGUUUCGCUUCUCUGGUACCGAACUUGCCCGUCAGAAGUUUCGCCUCCGAUGGAGGCGCCUCGGACCGAGAAGCCUGAGGGCGCGAAGAUCCCGCUCACCAGGAUCAACCUGCGCGAGCUGCCUCCUGGGUAUAGUCGCGACCAGGUGCUCUCGGUGCCGAUCCGCAUCCAGCUCCGCAGCCAGGCGCCCGACCUGAGCGAGGAACGGAGGCAGCUGUAUAAGCGGCUCCGCGAGGACGAGGAACCCGAGUCCAACGCCACGGUGGCCAAGAAGAGUUCGGUCAAGGGCGAGGCGUCAGCGACGAAAGCGAAGUCGCCAGAACAGAUCUUGUCGUUGCAGGAGCAGGGCGCAUCGACGACCCCAGCGCCGCCACCCCCGCCAAAAGCGCCGGCCUCGAGCGCUGCUUCCUCGGGCUCUGCGACGGCGGCUGGCGCGCUUGCAUCGUCGAAAGUACUGGCCACCUCAGCUUCGCCAGCCGUGCCUGCUCCCGUGGAGAAGGAUGCGUCGCAUAUUCCUGCGGUUCGCAUCGCUCCCGCCCCUCGGCGCGAGCCGUUCCCCGAGGCGCUGCCUCCGUGCGAGGGGCAGUGGGGUGGCGACGCCGAGGCCGAGGGCGCUGGCGCUCACUGUUCUCAGUUAUUGAUCGGUGAUGUGCUUGCCGCGCUUGGCGCGCCCAUGUCAUCUCUCGAGGGCGCGCUUGACGCGCCCGACUCCCGGCCGCCUUUCUGAUGCAUCGUCAUGCAUUGACGAGCGAUGCCAUUCUGAAGUUUGGUGAAGAUAGGUUGUUGGAG